CAUUUCUGUUUGUGGUACAGGAAAAGGCUUAUGAUCUGAGGGCUUGAUUCAGUGAAAUAACAUUGCCUUUAUACACAUUUGCUUCUCAAGGAGGGCAGGAGUUGGAAACGACCGUUGUGAAACGUUAAAGAUUUUCUGGCAGAGGGAAAGGGAUUUUUUUUUUCUCCCUCCCUGCCGAGGAAAAAAACAGUUGUAACGAGGAGUUACUUUGUAGUUUUAACUCAUAUUCAAAUACUCCCAGUCGAGAAGCUGCCAUCGACCCUCCCAUGGACCCCUGAUCCUGGUUUGGAGGAACUUUUGACAACUCUCUCUCCCUUCUUCAAACCCUGUGUGAUGAGUUUGCAGAAGAGAGUCUUCCCGAGAAGGCAGAACGCUCUUGUAUCAUUUUACUGGAUUUCCUGGAUUGAUGCGGCUUCAACUUUCUCAUGAAUCUCAAUGAGCUUCCUUGCUAUCCAGAUUCUGAAUUCUAUGUCUGUCAUUUCAGUCAUUUCAGACUGAGCAAAAAACUAUUGCUGGGGAACUAGUGGACUCAUUUGGAGGGACUCAUGAAGUGGCAGCUAAGCCCUGUCCAGUGGCCACCCGUCAACCAAGGGCCAGAGACCAGGAAAGGAAGAAAGGCAGCUUCACUUCCUCUUUGAGGAUGGAGUCACACAGCCGCACGGGAAAGAGCAGAAAAUCCACAAAAUUUCGGUCCAUCUCCAGGUCCCUGAUGCUCUGUAAUGCUAAGACCAGUGACGAUGGCUCUAGCCCUGAUGAGAAAUAUCCUGAUCCCUUUGAGAUUUCCUUGGCCCAGGGCAAGGAGGGAAUUUUCCACUCAUCUGCGCAGCUGGCAGACACAUCGGAGGCUGGGCCCAGCAGCAUUCCUGAUCUAGCACUGGCCUCUGAGGCUGCUCAAAUCCAAGUAGCUGGGAAUGAUCGAGGCAAGACCUGUAGGAGGAUAUUCUUCAUGAAGGGUCUGGGCUUCAGCAUCGUUGGGGGAAAAGACAGCAUUUAUGGCCCCAUUGGGAUUUACGUCAAAACCAUUUUUGCAGGGGGAGCAGCAGCAGCCGAUGGAAGGCUACAGGAAGGUGAUGAAAUUCUGGAGCUCAAUGGUGAAUCAAUGGCUGGACUAACACAUCAGGAUGCUUUGCAGAAAUUCAAGCAAGCCAAAAAGGGGCUCCUCACCCUCACCGUGAGAACCCGCCUGAUGGCACCCCCUUCCCUGUGCAGCCACCUGUCUCCCCCGCUGUGCCGCUCCCUGAGCUCCAGCACUUGUAUCACCAAGGACAGCAGCUCCUUCGCCUUGGAAAGCCCCUCGGCUCCCAUCAGCACUGCCAAGCCCAAUUACAGAAUCAUGGUGGAGGUUUCUCUGCAGAAAGAGGCCGGUGUGGGCCUGGGCAUUGGUCUAUGCAGCGUUCCCUACUUCCAGUGCAUCUCCGGCAUUUUCGUCCACACGCUGUCACCAGGAUCCGUGGCGCACCUGGAUGGACGUCUCCGGUGUGGGGAUGAGAUUGUGGAAAUCAGUGAUUCCCCUGUGCACUGCCUGACGCUCAAUGAAGUCUACACGAUCCUGAGUCACUGUGAUCCUGGUCCAGUCCCCAUCAUUGUUAGCCGACAUCCAGACCCACAGGUCUCUGAACAGCAGCUCAAAGAAGCUGUGGCCCAGGCUGUGGAAAACACCAAGUUUGGAAAGGAGAGGCAUCAGUGGAGUCUGGAAGGUGUCAAAAGGCUGGAAAGCAGUUGGCACGGGCGGCCCACCUUGGAGAAGGAACGAGAGAAGAACUCAGCACCCCCGCAUCGCAGGGCUCAGAAGAUCAUGAUCCGCUCCAGCAGUGACAGCAGCUACAUGUCUGGGUCCCCAGGAGGAAGUCCUGGGAGUGGCAGCGCUGGGAAGCCAUCCUCUGACGUGGACAUCAGCACACACAGCCCCAGCCUGCCCCUGGCAAGGGAGCCAGUGGUGCUUUCUAUAGCAUCCUCCAGGCUGCCCCAGGAGAGCCCGCCUGUCCCAGAGAGCCAGGACAGCCACCCACCACUGAGACUGAAGAAACCCUUUGAGAUAUUGGUGAGAAAGCCUACAUCCUCCAAGCCCAAGCCUCCACCCAGAAAAUACUUUAAAAGUGACAGUGACCCUCAGAAGAGUCUGGAAGAGAGAGAGAAAUCCUCAUGCUCUUCUGGGCACACCCCACCCACCUGUGGCCAGGAAGCCAGAGAGCUGCUGCCACUGCUGCUACCACAGGAAGACACAGCAGGGAGAAGCCCUAGUGCCUCUGCCAGUUGCCCAGGACCUGGUAUCUGCCCACAGACCAAGUCCUCCACAGAGGGUGAGCCAGGGCGGAGAAGAGCCAGCCCAGUGACCCAAACAUCCCCGAUAAAACACCCACUGCUUAAGAGGCAGGCUCGGAUGGACUAUAGCUUUGAUACCACAGCCGAAGACCCUUGGGUUAGGAUUUCCGACUGCAUCAAAAACCUAUUUAGCCCCAUCAUGAGUGAGAACCCUGGCCACAUGCCUCUACAGCCCAAUGCCAGCCUGAGUGAAGAAGAUGGGACACAGGGCCACCCAGAUGGGAACCCACCAAAGCUGGACACCGCCAAUGGCACUCCCAAAGUUUACAAGUCAGCAGACAGGAGCACUGUGAAGAAGGGUCCUCCUGUGGCUCCCAAGCCAGCCUGGUUUCGCCAAAGCUUGAAAGGUUUGAGGAAUCAUGCUUCAGACCCAAGAGGGCUCCCUGAUCCUGCCUUGUCCACCCAGCCAGCACCUGCUUCCAGGGAGCACCUGGGACCACACAUCCGGGCCUCCUCCUCCUCUUCCAUCAAGCAGAGAAUCAGCUCCUUUGAAACCUUUGGCUCCUCUCAACUGCCUGACAAAGGAACCCAGAGACUGAGCCUCCAGCCCUCCUCUGGGGAGGCAGCAAAACCUCUUGGGAAGCAUGAGGGAGGACGGUUUUCUGGACUCUUGGGGCGAGGGGCCGCACCCACUCUUGUGCCCCAGCAGCCUGAGCAAGUGCUGCCCUCGGGGUCCCCUGCAGCCACGGAGGCCAGAGACCCAGGUGUGUCUGAGUCCCCUCCCCCAGGGCUGCAGCCCAAUCAGAAAACUCUCCCCACUGGCUCGGACCCGCUUCUAAGGCUGCUGCCAACACAGACUGAGAAAUCUCAAGGUCCAGUGCUCAAGAUGCCAAGCCAGCGAGCACGGAGCUUCCCCCUGACCAGGUCCCAGUCCUGUGAGACGAAGUUACUUGAUGAAAAGACCAGCAAACUCUACUCUAUCAGCAGCCAAGUGUCAUCGGCUGUCAUGAAAUCCUUGCUGUGCCUUCCGUCUUCUCUCUCCUGUGCCCAGACUCCCUGCAUCCCCAAGGAAGGGGCAUCUCCAACAUCAUCAUCCAAUGAAGACUCAGCUGCAAAUGGUUCUGCUGAAACGUCUGCCUCAGACACGGGGUUCUCGCUCAACCUUUCAGAGCUGAGAGAAUAUACAGAGGGUCUCACGGAAGCCAAGGAAGAUGAUGAUGGGGACCACAGUUCCCAUCAGUCUGGUCAGUCUGUUAUCUCCCUGCUGAGCUCAGAAGAAUUAAAACAACUCAUCGAGGAGGUGAAGGUUCUGGAUGAAGCAACAUUAAAGCAAUUAGACAGCAUCCAUGUCACCAUCUUACACAAGGAGGAAGGUGCUGGUCUUGGGUUCAGCUUGGCAGGAGGAGCAGAUCUAGAAAACAAGGUGAUUACGGUUCACAAAGUGUUUCCAAACGGGCUGGCCUCCCAGGAAGGGACUAUUCAGAAGGGCAAUGAGGUUCUUUCCAUCAACGGCAAGUCUCUCAAGGGGACCACGCACAAUGAUGCCCUGGCCAUUCUCCGCCAAGCUCGAGAGCCCAGGCAAGCUGUGAUUGUCACAAGGAAGCUGACUGCAGAGUCCAUGCCUGACCUCAACUCCACCACUGACUCUGCAGCCUCAGCCUCUGCAGCCAGUGAUGUUUCUGUAGAAUCCUCAGCAGAGGCUACAGUCUACACGGUGACACUGGAGAAGAUGUCUGCAGGGCUGGGCUUCAGCCUGGAAGGAGGGAAGGGCUCCCUGCAUGGAGACAAGCCUCUCACCAUUAACAGGAUUUUCAAAGGAGCAGCCUCAGAACAAAGUGAGACAAUCCAGCCUGGAGAUGAAAUCUUGCAGCUGGCUGGCACUACCAUGCAGGGCCUCACACGGUUUGAAGCCUGGAACAUCAUCAAGGCCCUGCCUGAUGGACCUGUCACGAUUGUAAUUAGGAGGAAAAGCCUCCAGCCCAAGGAAACCACAGCUGCUGCAGACUCCUAGGCAGGACAUGCUGAAGCCAAAGCCAGUAACACAUAGCUCCUAUAACUGCUGAUUCUCAGGGUCUCUGCUGCCGCCCUACCCAGAUGGGGGAAAGCACAGGUGGGCUUCCCAGUGGCUGCUGCCCAGGCCCAGACCUUCUAGGACACCACCCAGCAAAAGGGUUGUCCCUAAAGUAAGGGCAGAGUCACACUGGGGUAGUUGAUACAAAUUGUAGACCGUGUAAAAAGAGAGCUUAAUGAUAAUAUUGUGGUGCCACAAAUAAAAUGGAUUGUGAUUUCAUAUGAAAUUCAUGCCUGGCUUUGAAAAAUG